GAAGGUAUCUUUGUGGGCAGCACCUACCCUAGUGCUGGAAUGCAGAAUAAGCCCUCACAGCUGGGUUUUCAUUCUGUUUUGUAGUAUAUCAACUCUGGGAACCUGGAACAGUUGCUGGACAGUAACCUGCAUUUGCCCUGGACUGUGAGAGUAAAACUGGCCUAUGACAUAGCAGUGGGGCUCAGCUACCUUCACUUCAAAGGCAUUUUUCAUCGGGAUCUCACAUCUAAGAACUGUUUGAUAAAGAGGGAUGAGAAUGGUUACUCUGCAGUGGUGGCUGACUUUGGCCUGGCUGAGAAGAUCCCUGAUGUCAGCACAGGGAGUGAGAAGCUGGCUGUAGUGGGAUCACCCUUUUGGAUGGCACCUGAGGUUCUCCGAGAUGAGCCCUACAAUGAGAAGGCGGAUGUGUUCUCUUAUGGUAUCAUCCUCUGUGAGAUCAUCGCCCGGAUCCAGGCUGAUCCGGAUUAUCUUCCCCGCACAGAGAACUUCGGGCUGGACUACGACGCGUUCCAGCACAUGGUGGGAGACUGUCCCCCAGACUUUCUGCAGCUUACCUUCAACUGUUGUAAUAUGGACCCCAAACUGCGCCCAUCCUUUGUGGAGAUCGGGAAGACCCUGGAGGAAAUUCUGAGUCGCCUACAGGAAGAAGAGCAGGAGACAGACAGAAAGCUGCAGCCUAUGGCCAAGGGACUCUUGGAGAAAGUGCCUGGGGUGAAGCGACUGAGUUCACUGGAAGACAAGAUCCCCCCCAAGUCACCACGCCCCAGGCGUACCAUUUGGCUGUCUCGAAGCCAAUCAGACAUCUUCUCCCAUAAGCCUCCACGUACAGUGAGCGUCUUGGACCCCUACUACCAGCCACGAGAUGGUGUUGCCCGUGCCCCCAAAGUCAACCCUUUCAGUGCUCGCCAGGACCUCAAGGGUGGCAAGAUCAAGUUCUUUGACCUGCCCAGCAAGUCUGUCAUCUCCCUGGUAUUUGACCUGGAUGCACCGGGGCCCGGAACUAUGCCUCUGGCUGAUUGGCAAGAGCCCUCGGCCCCACCUGCCCGCCGCUGGCGUUCCUUGCCUGGCUCGCCCGAGUUUUUGCAUCAAGAAGCCUGUCCAUUUGUGAGCCGGGAAGAAUCGCUAUCUGAUGGGCCCCCACCACGCCUAAGUAGUCUCAAGUACAGAGUAAAAGAGAUCCCGCCAUUCCGGGCAUCUGCCCUAUCAGCUGCUCCAGCCCAUGAGGCCAUGGACUGCUCUAAUCUACAGGAAGAAAAUGGUUUUGGGCCCAGGCCACAGGGGACCAGUCCAUGCCCUGCAGGUGCCUCUGAGGAGAUGGAGGUAGAAGAAGAAAGGCCAAGAGGCUUGGCUCCAGCCUCCUCCUCCAUCUCAGGCAUAGGCCUGCAAACCCACGGAGAACAAAUGGAUGAGAGGGGUUAGUCCCUGCGUCACUACCCUGGGGAUAGACUUCCAGCUGAAGCCAUACAGCCCCCUUGGUGCACAGCCUUGACUCAUCCCUGGAGCCCACAGAGCAGGCAAGCUAGGCCAAGCAGGCUCAACUUUUGGGCUUCCAGUACCUACUGUCUUUGUAUGAGGGGUUGUAGUAGUGAGAGGCCUUCCUAGUUAGGGCCAGCAGCUGAUACUAAGCCUCUGAAAUCCUGCAAAGGAGCUCUGGCUCCCACUAGACCCCGCAGUGCACUUCCCUAGACAGGACCAGAGGACUUCUAGUUCUAGGUUGAGCUGGCAGGCAGCUAUUACCCUGGUUCUUUUCCCAACCCAGAUGUGUCUCUUGCCCUUUCUUGGGGCAUAUAAGCUACUAGAUGGAACAUGGAGCUGACUAGGAGGCCAUAAAGGGCACGGCUGUUUCCCAGACCUGAAGACUGGGGUGCUUCUUGCCAGUAUGCCUAAGACACUUGAACAAUUGUUGUUUGCACUUACUGCAUGGUCAGACCACGUCACUACAUUUCUAUGCAAGGGGAGGGCAAGGCAGCAUGGUGGUCCUGGCUGUUACCUAACCUAUUCAAAGACCUUUUCCAGUUGAUUAAUCUAUUUUCAUAUUUAUAAAAGUCUUAAUGUUCUGCCCCAUAAGACUUUCAACUUUGUGGUUGGGAGUGGGGCUGAUUUUGUAGGCCUUAGGGCCUGCUCUAUGUAUUUGUCAACGUGGUACACUUAAUUGGUUAAAUGGUUUAUACAUGGACAGAUUUUCUUCCCUUCCUGCUAUGGCUGGAGCUUCAGGAACAGUCUGUCCUUACAGAGCAGCAAUAAGAAAUAACCAAAGAUGAAGCUGGUCAAAUAUUUUCGUAACUUGUUUCUGUUGAUUUUUUUUUUUUAAACUUUCCCAAAACACUUUCAGAUUUAAAAAUAAAUAAAGUCGGUGUUACAGGUG